AGAAAUGAAUGGAUAACUGUGAAACUAUCCAGCUAGUUAGCUACACCAGGUUACUGCUGAGUGGCGAUGAUGGGCUAGUUAGCUACACCAGGUUACUGCUGAGUGACGAUGAUGGGCUAGUUAGCUACACCAGGUUACCGCUGAGUGACGAUGAUGGGCUAGUUAGCUACACCAGGUUACCGCUGAGUGACGAUGAUGGGCUAGUUAGCUACACCAGGUUACCGCUGAGUGUCGAUGAUGGGCUAGUUAGCUACACCAGGUUACCGCUGAGUGACGAUGAUGGGCUAGUUAGCUAUACCAGGUUACUGCUGAGUGACGAUGAUGGGCUAGUUAGCUACACCAGGUUACCGUUGAGUGGCGAUGAUGGGCUAGUUAGCUACACCAGGUUACUGCUGACUGACGAUGAUGGACUAGUUAGCUACACCAGGUUACUGCUGAGUGACGAUGAUGGACUAGUUAGCUACACCAGGUUACCGCUGAGUGACGAUGAUGGGCUAGUUAGCUAUACCAGGUUACUGCUGAGUGACGAUGAUGGGCUAGUUAGCUACACCAGGUUACCGCUGAGAGACGAUGAUGGGCUAGUUAGCUACACCAGGUUACUGCUGAGUGACGAUGAUGGGCUAGUUAGCUACACCAGGUUACUGCUGAGUGGCGAUGAUGGGCUAGUUAGCUACACCAGGUUACUGCUGAGUGGCUGAUGGGCUAGUUAGCUACACCAGGUUACUGCUGAGUGGCGACGAUGGGCUAGUUAGCUACACCAGGUUACUGCUGAGUGACGAUGAUGGGCUAGUUA